AUGGCACGCUCUUCAGUCACUUCUGCUUCAGAGACAACAGCGUCUUCUCAAAGCCACAGGACACAGAACAAGGACAGCACCAGAGAAUCUCAAAGCAGCACGAGAUUGGCAGUGAUCACAACAACGCCUUCAUCCUCCCUAAAUGGACACACCCUUACAGAGAGCACCUCACAGGAGACAUCCACCUCUGGGGAAGCAAGGACUUCAUCUCCUUCCAGCAUCAGCCACAAACCUUCCACAGUGUCAGAAAUGCCCAUGUCAACAAUCUCCACAGAAGACACUUCAGCCUCUUCCAGUACAAGCAACAGACAUCAAAUGACAUCAGAGUUCCGCCAGUCACCAAUCUCCACAGACACCACUGUGGGAAACACACAACACACAUCAUACCCUGAAACACCAAAUUAUACUGUAGUCACCUCAAUACUCUCAAGGACAACUGGAGUAGAGGAACAGUCCACGGCACCCACUUCCAUCACUUCUGCUUCAGAGACAACAGCGUCUUCUCAACGCCACGGGACUCAGACCAUGGACACCAUCAGGGAAUCUCAAACCAGCACUAUCUCAGCAGUGAUCACAUCAACUCCUUCAUCAUCCCUAAGCGGACACACCCUUACAGAGGGCAUCUCACAGGAGACUUCCACUUCUGGGGAAGCACGCACUUCAUCUCCUUCUAGUGUCAGCCACAAGCCUUCCACGGUGUCAGAAAUGCCCACGUCAACGUCCUCCACAGAUGACGCUUCAGCCUCCUCCCCUGCAAGCAACUCACAUGCAGGGACAUCAGAGGUUUCCAUACCACCAGUAUCAACAGACACCACUGGAGGAAACACAAAACACACAUCGCACUCUGAAGCAGCAAGUUUUGCCCCAGUCACCUCAACACUCUCAAUGUCAACUGGACUAAGAGAACACUCCAUGGCACGCUCUUCAGUCACUUCUGCUUCAGAGACAACAGCGUCUUCUCAAAGCCACAGGACACAGACCAAGGACAGCACCAGAGAAUCUCAAAGCAGCACGAGAUUGGCAGUGAUCACAACAACGCCUUCAUCCUCCCUAAAUGGACACACCCUUACAGAGAGCACCUCACAGGAGACAUCCACCUCUGGGGAAGCAAGGACUUCAUCUCCUUCCAGCAUCAGCCACAAACCUUCUGCAACCUCAGAAAUGCCCCCGUCAACAUCCUCCACAGAUGACACUUCAGCCUCUUCCCAUGCAAGCAACUCACAUGCAGUGACAUCAGAGCUUUUCAUAACACCAGCAUCCACAGACACCACUGUAGGAUACACAAAACAUACAACACACCCUGAUAUAGGAAUUUUUACUCCAGUCACCUCAACACUCUCAAGGACAACUGGAGUAGAAGGACACACAACACACUCCUCUUGCAUUACUUCUACUGCAGAGAUGACAGCAUCUUCUCAUGACUACAGGACUCAGAGCACGGAGACCAGCAGAGAAUCUCAAACCGACACUACGUCUGUCUUCAUCACCUCAACUCCUUCAUCUUCCCUAAAUGGAGACACUCUUACAGAGAUCGUCUCACAGGAGAUAUCCACCUCUAGGAAAGAAAGCACCCUAUCCUCUUCUAGUGUCAGCAUUGCACCUCUAACAACAUCAGUUUUAUUGACAGUACCAACCUCAACAGAUACCACUGUAGGUAAUGGAAAGGACACAUCAACUCCUAUUACUAGAACUGUUAUUCCAGUCCCUUCAACAGUACCCAUGAAAAGUGGACUAGAAGUACAAUCAAUUGCAAUCUUUUCCAGCAUAUCUACUCCAGGAACAUCAGCAUCUACCCAGAAUUACCAGACUCCAAGCAUAGAGACCACCAGAGAAUCUGAAUUCAGUGAAAUUACAUCAGCAACCACAUCAGCUCUUUUAUCUUUACCCAGUGGACAUACUCUUUCAGGGAAAAUUCCCCCGGCAAUAUCUCCUUCAGGUAAAGCAAUCACUUCACCUACUUCCAGUGACAGUAAAACACCUUUGAUGACAUCAGAGACUUUGACAGCCUCAACUUCAAUAGACACUACUGUGGAAAAUACAGGCGAUACAUCCCUACCUGUAACUAGUAGUUUUCCUCCAUUCAUUCCUAAUGUUUCUACAACAUGGCAGUCAGCAAUACAACCAACACCACUGUCUAUCAGUACUCCAGCUCCAAAAACAUCUACAGUUUUCCAUACCCACGCAGACACAGAGACAGCAGGAUGGCCUCAUUCCAGCAGUUCAAUGUCAUUCAUUCCAGAUAAAGCAACAUUCACUUCCUCAUCCUUCAGUGAUAGCAGUCACACAACUCAGUCACAAAAAGAACUGUUUUCAACACCAAUGGCUUCCACUAUACUGGUUACAGAAAGUUCAUCUUCUUCAAUAGCUAGCAGUAUUUCUUGGGUUACCUCUACAGUCUCAACAGUAGAUGAAGAAGUGCCAACCCCACACUCCUAUCUAAGCACAUCUCCUCAGGAAACAACAGUGGCAAUUUCCAAGACUCACUGGACACAAGGCAUAGGGACCACUGGAGACAUUCAUGUCAGCAGAAGCUCCAAUGUAACCCAAACCAUCAAAACAGUUACAUCUGCAUCUCCUUCAUCCUUACUAAGUGAACACACAUCUCAACAAACUAUAACAGCAAGCCCAGCAAGGCAGUCAACACCACUCUCUAGUAGCACCUCUUCUCAAGAAUCAUCAGUUGUUUCCCAGAUAGGUCAUACUCAAGGUCCACGGACCACACAAGAAUCCCAAACCACAAGUUUAAUCUUCCCCAUGACAGACACAAUCAAGACAGUCACAUCUGCAACUUCUCCUUUCAAAUCAAGUGGACAUUUGCCCUCAGAAAAUGUUCCUCAGGAUACACCCACCACAAGUGAAGUUACAGCCUUCACACCAGCACCCUCAAGGGACAGCCACACAACUCAGGUCGCUACCACUACCACAGAACUGUGGACAUCACCAACCAGUGCUGACACCAGCCCGGGAACAUUAAGAGGUACAUCACUUUCCAUUAAAAGCACCACUUUUCAGAGCUCUGUAGUUUCAACAACACUAGGCCCAAGAGGACAAUUAACAUCCCCUGCUUCUAGUGCCUCACCUGACACAUCAGCCAUUUCCCAAACCCACCAGACACAAAGCACAGUGACCACUGGAGAACCACAUACCAACACACCAGCCUCCUUGGUAACAGAUACCACCUUUUUGGCAGACACCAUCUUGGUGGGCACAGCUACAGCUUCUUCAUCUACAGCAAGCAGCCAAACAACUUUAGGAAGUGCUUUCCCGGGAAUAUCCACCUCAGAUAAGAUCAAGAGUUUCUCACCAACUUUCUCCAGGGAAAACCACAUAACUCAAUCAAAAACUGAAUUGUUGUCCUCUGCAGCAAGUCAUGACACUACUCCAGGAACCAUGGAAUUGGUGUCCAUUAUUGUCCCCAACACCUCUCAAGAAAUAUCAGCUGUUUCCCAGAAGGCUCGGACUCAAAUUAUAGGAAGCACCAGAGGAUCUGAAGCCAUAAGCUCAGUCUCCCAGGUGACUGACACCUUCUCAACAGUUACACCUCCACCUCCUUCAUCUACACCAAAUGUGCACAUGUUACCAAAAACCACUGCCCACACUCUGUCAUCUUCAGACACCAGCACAACACUUAUCUCCAACCCAGUCAGAGACAGCCACAGAACCCAAACAGCAAUGCCAACUUUGUUAUCUGGGGCAACCGAAGGGCCGACUACUGUUGUCUCUACCACCCUGAGUGAUGUAGCCUCUCAUUCUCCUUCUACAGUUUUGGUCACAAGUGAAGUCCAGAGAACAGCUCCAAGCUCAGCCCUCCAUAAAAACAUGACUGCAGUGACCAUUUCCCCUAUGGGUUCUGUCAGUAACUCCAUGACAAAUACCACGCAAGUCCCAACUUCCUCAGUGGGUGAGUCAAGCUCACCCAUUUCUGAGCAUCCUGCAACUGUUCAAACAGUAGCCUCUACUACUAACCCUACUACAAGGCCAAUGUAUAUGAGUUCUAAGAGUAAUCAUAACAGUGUUGCUGGAUCCAUACCAACUUUGUCAUUUCAACCUACAACAUAUUCUUCAAUCAAGACCACUCCUGAUACUUCUUCAGUGUCUAAGUAUUCUAAGAGUCCAUUGCCUACUCUACAGCCAUCCACAGACUAUGCUUUCUCUGACUUUACUUCCUCUGGUAAUAUGGGCACAGCUCAGACCAUAUCAAGUUUCUAUACUUCAACCAGUGACUCUUCAUUCUCUCAAUCAGCCCCUGGCCCCGCAGUCACCUGGAGCUCCACCACUCUAUUCACAGGGCACUCUGCUCCUCUGUCUGUUACCAGCACUUUCCCAGCAUCCACUGUAUCCUCAAGCUCCAUUGUGAAGACUCAGACACCAGGAGCAAUCACAACUUCACUGAGGACAGGCAGCCAGAAAAGCACAACAACAUCACUACCACCAACAACCUCCCAGACCCUUACAACGUCCACUCCCAGCACAUCUACAAGCAAACACUCAACUGCUGUCCCAGUCCCUAUCAAGCCCAAGAAAGGUGUUUCCCUCUUUCCCUAUGGACCAAGCGUUGGAGAUCAGGAGUUUGUCAGGAGAACUGUGGACUUCACCUCACCACUCUUCAAGCCCCAGAUUGGCUUCCCUCUUGGCUCCUCUCUCCGGGAUUACCUCUAUGUGAGUCUGCAGCUGCAGCCCAAAGGGCAGGACAUGUGACCUGCUU